UUAAGCUAAAUUUCCUCGACUGGCUGUUACUUGAUAGCUUAGACUAUUGCUGGGGUUAAGGCGAAAUUUAAGCUUUUUUUUGCGACUCUUAACAAAGAAAGCGUCAUAGCAUUUGAGCUAGCUUCUAAAUCCUUAAGUUAUCAAAGACACAUAAGACUGUGACUUUAACGUGGUGAUUCGGCGUGCUAGCUAGUGAGAAAAAAAAAAAACCCGAAAGGCUCAACAAUCCUUAACGUAACAUUCAUUGAUGUCAACGUCCAUAUUUGUAUGUCUAGCUAUCGUUUUCGGAUCUCGCCAGCGUUAUUAAUUGCUGGGUUUCUAUCUACCAAGAUGUAUGGGAUGUCGGGAUGACAGGAAGAUGGCAAACGGGGUUGGAAAACACAAGCUGCUUGUCAUUGGACCACCAGAGCCAUGGUCAGUGAGGGAGAAGCUGUGUUUGGCCACAUCUGUCAUGAAGAGUGGAGACCAGAACUGGGUAUCUGUCAGUCGAGCCAUCAAACCAUUUGCAGAACCUGGGCGACCACCUGACUGGUUCUCUCAAAAGCACUGUGCUUCCAAGUACUCGGAGCUCCUGGAAACAACAGAAGCCCCAAAGAGGAAACGUGGUGAGAAAGGUGAAGUGGUGGAGACGGUGGAGGAUGUGAUAGUACGCAGGCUGACAGCGGAGAGGAUUGAUGAGCUAAAAAAGUUGAUCAAAGAAACACAGGAGAAGCACAGGAAGCUGAAGAGAGAGGCUGAACUGAUUCAAGCAGGACAUCUAGAUUCCAAACUAGAAGACUUAUGGGAAGAAAUUCUGCAGAAGAAGAAACAGGAGGAGGAGGAAGCAGAGUUUAAAAGAAGAAACACAGAUGCUGCAUAUCAGGCCAGACAGGUGGCAAAGAGCACACAUAAGCGAGUACCCGGUGUCACCAUGCAUUCGCCCUCAGGCUGUAGCUCCCCAAGCCAGGAGUUCUCACCAGGUGACCCACUCGAGAGCUUGACACUGGAUCUUGCAUCCACAAAGAAUGCUUCAGGAUCAGCCAGGUUAAUGACAUUUACUGAGUCUGGACUUGGUAAUGAUGACGUCAGCCACGGGUCACUUCUGGAUGACCCCACCCAAAAGAAACUCCUGGGCCAGAAAGCUACUCCACCGCCAUCUCCACUCCUGUCAGAGUUGCUGAAAAAAGGCAGUAUCUUGGCCUCAAAUUCCAGACUGAUUGGAGAGGGUGACAUGUCCACUGGUAAUAUGACCGGAGCACAUGACUUGCAGCUGGUUCCGCCUAGUCAACCUCUCUCUCAGGCAACAGGUGCUCCGAUGUUGUCUCGUCUCUUGGAGGCAGGUCCCACCCAGUUUUCUGGCUCGUUAGGUUUCAUGGUCAGUGCAGACUCAGCCUCCAGUGCUCCCCUCUGUACUGCCACACCUCUUCCCAUUGUCUCUACUGCUUCAGCAAGUACAGAGGACAAGGUGUCAGGGCUCAGUGAGGAGGAUGUGACUGUGUCCUACAUGGGAGAUGAGCUGGACCUGAAGACAGUGGGGGACAUUAUCGCCAUCAUUGAAGACAAGGCAGAUGAGGCAGCAGAGGCUUUGGAUGCUGCUGCAGUCGAGGCUGCACUGUCCCUGUGUGAGGAGAACGGCCAUUCUCUGUCUGGUGCCUGGGAAACCGGACCUUUCCAGCCCCACGAGUCCCACCCCACAGUGCCCACGGUGGUCCCGCAGUCCUCAUCUCUUCACUGUAGCCUGGAGGGAAAGACAGAAGUUUUAAAAGUUCAGGAUGAGACUUCAGCUUCACUCUCCUCCCUGUGCAACAGUCAAGAUAACUGUCUUGCAGCAUUCCCCAUGGGACUAAGGAGCGUUCCUCCCACCUCCUCAACCUCAUGCAGCUCAAAUAGUUUGGAGCACUGCCACACCGUAGCACCUCCACGGCCUGAGGCAAUGCGAGAGACUGGAGAGGCGGUGCACCAGAAAAGCCAAAUUUCAUUGGAUGUUGCCACAAAAUGCAAGAGUGGGAAGUGGGCCCAGCAAAGACCUAAUAAAUCCCAUGGAGAUGCCACAUUAAGAGACAGCCCACUGACAGAAAGGCAUCCCAAGGAGACGAGGGCUGAGGAGAAUGGAAUAAGUGUCAGGCGAGGAGAGAAUGCCUCAGGGACUAAAGUGGACAGUGAGGUCAAUGGGCCAGAAGCGUGUGGAGAAGAGGAGGAAUUCACAUCAGAGCCGGACGGCGAGAUGGAGCUAGAACCUGCGGCCAGUGAGAGUGAGGACGGAUACAGCCUCCACACGGCUUCCUCGUCUCUGCAGCUCCACACAACCGCAGACUCCAUCCCAAGCAGCCCUGCCUCAUCGCAGUUUUCUGUGUGCAGUGAGGACCUGGAAGCGCUACAGGCUCACAAGAUCUGGAAGAAAGCCAUUAUGCUGGUGUGGCGUGCAGCGGCCAAUCACAGGUAUGCAAAUGUAUUCCUGCAGCCAGUAACAGAUGAAAUUGCACCUGGAUAUCACAGUAUUGUUCACAGGCCCAUGGACCUGGCCACCAUAAAAAAGAACAUUGAGACCGGUUUGAUACGGACCACCGCCGAGUUCCAGAGGGACAUUAUGCUGAUGUUUCAGAACGCUGUCAUGUACAACAGCCUGGAUCACGAUGUGUACCACAUGGCUCUGGAGAUGCAGCGCGAUGUCCUGGAGCAGAUCCAGCAGUUUCUAGCUACCCAGCUCAUCAUGGAGACUUCAGAGUCUGGUAUCAGCGCCAAGAGUCUGAGGGGCCGUGAGAGCACACGCAAACAGGACUCUACUGACAAGGUGCUUCACUAGAAUUUUGACAAAAGCAGAGUACAGAAGAAGAGACAAGGGAUGGAGGCACCAGAGGGCGCCGUUGUGCCAUAGAAGCUGACCUCAAGAUGAAGAAAUGAAUACAGUGUGAAAAUUUUGCCCCACAGUGUCCCCAGGUUGUAGUGAAAGGUGUGGUACCGCAAGACUGAGCUUAUUCUCUGUCAGUUGCACAGAUUCUCACUCUGCAUAUUGUGCAGUGUAACCUUUAUUUGCACUCUAGAUUAAAUGGGUAGACUGUAAUGUGGAGAAGCUCAUUUCUUCUGAGACAGCCAUGCAGACAUGGAUUACAUACUGUAUAAUCCCAGAUUACAAUGGGACGUUCAGAAAGACUAGGUCAAACCUUCCAUAGACGUAGCUGCAGAUCACUUAGACUUAGCCUGCUCUGGAUUUCAUCAGGUUGUAUAAAUGAAGAUAAAAGUUACUCAUAGCCUAAAAAUGGCCUGAAAUUAAACCAACCUGGUUGAACUCCUGAUUAGUGAUUGAUUUCUAUUGAUUUUGAUCAUAUAUGAAACCAGAGGCCAAAGAGUCUGAUUCUAGUCUGAUAGUCUGAGCCCAAAAAGUUAAUGAUAAUGGGGCACACAUACUAAUUUCAAACAGAAACAUUUCCAUUGAUGGUAUAAAAUCAUAAGAGUUUUUUAUUGUUUUUUAGUUUUAGUUUUUAAAUUUUAAAAACUUUCGAAUGUUUGUGAUGAAUUGCUUUUAUCUAUGGUACACUCUACACACCGGUGAAACAGAACCUCCAUCCAUACUCUCAUCAUUUUCAGUGUUUUUAAAAAAACAAAACAAAACAAAAAAUGUCAAGUUAAAAAUGUGUUUUGUGGACUUUAAAAUGUUAAAAUAAUAAACCUGUAUUAAGAGCCCCGAACUUAUUACGUUUGCAGUGCCAACCCACAACACACUAUUAACUGUUGCAUCCUAACUUCGAUGUUUAAGAGCUUUUUGAAAUUUUGUGUGUGUGUGUGUGUGUGUGUGUGUGCAAAAAAAGUGAAAAAUGGCCUGAUGAAAUUUAAAUAUUUAACAUUUUAUAACCUUUUUUUUUUUCCAAGUAUAAAAGUCCUCUUUGCUUAAUAUGUGACACUGAUGUUUAAUGUACUGUAUGUCAGGGGGGAAGCUUGCAGAUUUUCUCAGGACUGCGUUUAAGAAUCUUUUUAAGCCGCAGCGGCAUGAAGCUGUUAAGUGUUACGUGACGAGAGGAAUAAGUGAGCGCUGUUGUGUUUCAUAUAAACUGUCCGAACUGUUUUUUCAUAUUGCUGUCUACGCACAGAGGGGACGUAGCAUCUUCCACGAAGCUUCCACUCUGGUGUAGGAUUUUUCAUAUUGGGUUUUGUUUAGUCAUGUUCAGUGUUAUGUAAAUUGGCCUGAUCAAUAAAACUCAUCCGUAGUUUUUAUUGAGCCAGAGCCAACUUGUUUACAGGAUGCUACCUGAUGAUGCCUCAUUGUUGCUGUUGUCAGCUACCACUUUGUCCUCACUCAUUUCUGUUGAACAUGCAAAUACAUUGUGUUCAUGUUUUCACUAUGACCACUUCCAAUGUCUUUGCAAAGUGUAAGGAUAAACAAAAGUUUCU